GAGACCCGUUUGCCUCAGGAAGCCGAGCUCGUCUGGAUCCACCAUGGCCUGGGCCCCUCUGCUCCUCACGCUGCUCACUUACUGCUCGGGUUCCAGCUCGCAGCCUGUGCUGACUCAGACGCCCUCGGUGUCCGUGUCCCCCAGAGAGAAUGUGAGACUGGCCUGCACCAUGCCCUCAGGGUACAGCAUCGGCAGCUACAGGGUGCAAUGGUACCAGCAGAAGUCGGGCAGCGCCCCACGGUUUGUGUACCACUAUUACACGAGCAGUGACCAGGGCAGGGGCACAGGGAUCCCAGCGCGAUUCACCGUCUCCCCUGACUCCUCCAGCAACCGCUGGAAUUUAGUCAUCGCUGGGGUCCAGGCAGAGGAUGAUGCUGAUUAUUACUGUGCUGCAUGGGAUGAUGGAAGUAAGGCUCAUCACAGUGACACAGGGAGAGAGAGAACUGAGACCAAAACUCUCCACCCAGCCUGUCCGCCUGUGCCCACGUGA